AUGAUUGAACAGCUUCUUAAUGAGCUCAUGGGGGUAAAGGGCAGAGACUAUCUUGGUGUCCCUCUCUUGGACCACGAGAGAAUGCAGCACAUAUGGCAAACCCAGAUGAAGCAUGUGAAAUGCAUUCAGGAUGAACCAGGUGUCCUCCUGUACACUGUAACUGGCACCACUACCAAAGAGGGCAUUGUCUUGUCAAACUACAGAUGUGCAAGAGGGUCCACAUCACUUGAAUCAUUCCACUUGCAUCUGAACAGGUUCAUUCCAGGAACCAGUGCCAACAGCCUGAAUUUCCAGCUGUACCUCCUGGAGGGCCUUUACAGAUGGAACCAGGACCGUGAAGCUGCAUCUCUAGCAGUCAGGGAUCCAUCGCUGCUCAGCUACUCAGGCGACCUUGUUCAAUGUGUCAACAACUACAGUGUCAAGGUGCUUGGAAGGAAGCUUGUCCCCUCUUUUCAGCCACCUUCUGUUUACACUGGGGAGCUAAUAGGUGUAGAUUACCUAUACCGCCAGACAGGGAGGGCCUUGCAGGAUGUCCAGCCUGACUCAGAGGAGACUGAGCAGAUGCUGGAAGAUGUAGGCACAGAGGAAGAGUUGGAAGAUGAGGGCUUUGAAGAUUCUGGUUUGGACCCAACGGUUGGGCUACUGGACCCAUCCCCUGGUCCAUCACCUGCCACCACCAGCUCAGCCGUCAUUCCAACUCCCACAUCUGAUAUCACUACAGCUGCACUUGAGCAACAACUGAUUGGGCAUGCUUGUCCCAGCUCUGCUGCUGCUAGUCCCUCUUCACUGCCAUCACCCGUCACCCCUGCAGCACCACAACAGCUGGCAAGUCUUUUGUGACAUGUUGUAUCAUUUACAUU